CGUCUUCGUCGAGUAAUCGACGGGUCGGCCUCGGGAUCGGGAUCGGGAAACGUCUUUGUUCGCUGCUCGCAGUCGCGGGUCGUGGCAGCGUUCGCCGGUGGAUCCGUCGAGCCCGAGGGACCGGACGAAUCGAAGGGACCGACGCGGGCCCCCGAUCGCGGUGAUGCGCUGCUGAGCUCGAGGAUCGAGACCUCGUAGCAUCGUCGACGCGCGAGGAUGAGAAGCGCGACAGCGAGCUGCGUUCUCGACGGUGGAAUCCUCGAGGACGCGGUCGCCGAUGGGACGAGCCGAGACGAGAGUCUCGACGACGACUCGGCGAAGAGGGAAGAAGCUGCAGCGAAGGCGAGCAACGACGGAGAGAAGAUCAGGCGGGAGGAGACGGAAGUCGAAGAGGACGACAGAUAACGAAAGAUGACGGAGCUCGUGGCAGCCAGCAGGGUCAAGGAACUUCAGACCAUCCUGUUCCCGGUUCAACCGAUCCCCGGCGGCGCCCUGGCGAACUUUCAGCGGCUGCAGGAGCUGCGACUGCUGCAGCUGGGACGGUACGAGGUGCAGCGUCGGGAAACGGAGUUUCUGCGUAUCUCGGCGCCGUUCGGCCUCAGGGACGAUCAGCCGUCGAAGGAGAGCCUUCGAACCGCGCUGGACAUCCGAUGCGCGAUCGACGGAAUCACGCAGGAGGCUGCGAGGUGGCCCACCGAGUGCCAGGUGCUGCCGGAAAGAGUGCGACACGUGGAACAGGCCCCGAGCAUCCCGGAACCGUUCUACGCGCCGACCGGGAAGGAGCCGCGGCCGAAACCGCUCUCGGACGAGUUCGGAACGGUGGUCUUUCGCUACUAUCCGACCGGUAUCGCGAACUACUUCAGCAGGUCCUGCGUGGGUGGUAGCACGGUUCUACCGUUCGCCGCGGAGUUUCCGGCCGAUUCGAUCGGUUUGCCGAACGAUCGGCGGGUCGUCGACACCGACGGCAACCUUUUCCUCGUGAGCCGAAGUGCCGAGGUCGCGGAGAACAGCUCCGACCUUCGGUUCGAGUCGCGUUUCGAGUCCGGGAACCUGUGCAAGGUCGUCAAGAUCACCGACACCUACUACCAGCUCUACCUCAGGAAGGAUCUCUACACGCAGAGGCACACGCAGUGGUACUACUUCAGGAUAUCGAACACGAGGAGCAGAACCACGUACAGAUUGUCGAUCGUGAACCUGAGCAAAGAGGAGAGCCUGUACAACGAGGGUCUGCGGCCGCUGCUCUACUCGACCGAGGACGCCAAGAAGAGAGCCGUAGGCUGGAGGAGAUGCGGCGACAAUAUCGCUUAUUACAGGAACGACUCGUCAAGCGACGAGGAAAAGGAAAGGGAAAAGCACACGCUGUCGUUCAACGUUUCCUUCCCUCACGACAGGGACAUCGUUUACCUGGCUCAUUGUUAUCCGUACACGUACUCCGAUUUACAGGAGUAUUUGGCCAAGUUGGUCGCCGAUCCUGUGAAAACCAGAUUCACGAAAUUACGGCUACUGUGUCGGACCCUGGCCGGGAACGGGGUCUAUUAUUUAACGAUUACCGCACCCAAUUACGACGAGGAGGUGCGGAGAAAGCGCGGCAUCGUGAUAACGGCGAGAGUGCAUCCCGGCGAGACGCCAUCCAGUUGGAUGAUGAAGGGGAUCAUCGACUUUUUGACCGGAGAGUCGAACCAAGCCAAGGCGCUUCGCGAGAGAUUCGUGUUCAAGUUGGUCCCUAUGUUGAAUCCGGACGGCGUGAUCGUCGGCAACAAUCGAUGCUCCUUGUCCGGCAAGGAUUUGAACAGACAGUACAGAACCGUGAUGAGAGAGAGCUACCCUUCGGUCUGGCACACGAAGCUGAUGAUACGCCGCUUGUUGGAGGAGUGCGGAGUGGCUAUAUAUUGCGAUCUACACGGCCACUCGAGGAAACACAACGUGUUCGCUUACGGAUGCGAGGGCAAGAGAUCCGGUCCGCAGACCAGACUUUCCGAGCAGGUGUUCCCGUUGAUGCUUCACAAGAACGCUGCCGACAAGUUUUCGUUCGAAAAUUGCAAGUUCCACAUGGAGAAGGGAAAGGAGGGGACGGGAAGAGUGGUGGUCUGGUCGAUGGGGGUGCAGAACAGUUACACGAUGGAGGCGUCCAUGGGAGGAUCGGUGAUCGGAUCCAGAUCCGGCACCCACUUCUCCACUCAGGACUACGAGCAAAUAGGAAAAGUUUUCUGUGAAACGCUGCUCGACUUCUUCGACCAAGACCCCGUCAAGGAGAGGCUCCGGAACAAAAUCAUCGGCAGAUUGGUGAAAGAGGGAUCGAGCGCCGAAGAACCUACCAACAUCGAUCUAACCGACUACUCGAGCGACGAGGGCGACGUUUCGAUCGGUUCGGACCAGGACAAAGAAGAACUCGACUCGACGGAAGGCUCGUGGGACUGGGAGGAGGAUUCCGUUGGUAACACCCGGUACCUUUGCGCUCCGCCGCCUACCCCCACGUUCGUUGCGUCCCGCAGCUUCGAAUCGACCAAACGAAGAAGCAAAAAGGAGACGGCGACGAGCAGACGCUACUUCCAACGCAACAAGAGGCUAUUGACCAAAAGAGCGGUGAUGGAUCUGCCCACUACGGAUCCAGGCAGCGACCUGUGCGACCCGUCGGACUCCGCGGACGAAGGCACUUCGACGAGGCCCGCGUGUCUGUCCGGUCACGCGGCGGCCAGAGAUACGGAUUCGAGCGCGAAGAAGACGACCCGCGACGAUCUUGUCCUGCCGGAAAUAGCGAGGCCCUGUAGCGUGUCCUUGGACGAGAGAUUCGUCGCGAAGCAGGAGAAACAGGACAAACGGAAAGCGAAGAGGAGAUCGCCUUGCCUGCACUUGGUGAGAGCACCGAGACAUCGAUCGCCCGUCCCGUUGCGGAAUCAGGACAUACAGAUCAAGCUGAGUUCGCUGAGGCAACAAAUAUGGAUGGGAGUCCCGCCCAGUGAAGACCAGGCCACCGGGAAGAGACCGAACCGUUCGUUCGUCGCAGGGCCGCUUAGCUGGGGAGUCUCCAGCAUGGCGUUAACGCGGAGUAGAAUGGACAGCGACGCGUUGCUCAAGUCGUGCACCAAGAGAUUAGAGUCUCUAGGCUACAUGGACGACAAUGGCAACGAGCGGAGGCGCAAACACGAGAAGACCGCGCGUCCGAGGGAGGUCGUCCCGGAAGAGGAAGAACAACGGCGCGCCGUCGAGCGGAAGCCGAGGAAGAAGAAGUCGCGGCUCAAGUGGCAGAAGAUAGUCAAUUUAAGCUCGAGACUGAAGGAAACGUGUUACGGCAAAACGUCGUUCCUGACGAUCGACGCGGACUCGUUGAAUCUGGUCACGGUCGAGAUGCCGUCGAAACCGCAAGCCAGACAGCACAGAGUCGAGUCGAGGAGGAUGCAUCGGAAGAAUGCUUGCGCCACCCUCUCGAACGCGACAACGACGCCUACGAUCGCGAAACCGAAGCCAUCGAAGCCGUCGAAACCGUCGAAGCCACAGACGUCGCAGUCGCGUCCGCGAAUGCAGUUGCAACCGUUGAUCGUUCCUCUGUGCGACAGUCUGUCGUCCGACAAUGAGUCCAUGGACUCUCGUAGACAGAAGGCCUCGAAGAAGAAGCAGAAGAAGAAGAAACCGGCCACGAAAAAGGUCAAGACUACGCUCGUGGCCGGAACUGGCAGGAAGAAAUACGCCGGAAGCGCGACCUCUAAAAUAUUCGUUGGAGGAGGUUCAUCCUGAAAUCUAUGUAACAGUAUCCUGCCUAACUCGAACACUUUGCAUAUUUCACUUAUCGUCGACCAUGGGAAAGAUCUCGGUCUAACGGAAGACCGAUGCGGCGUCUUAUAAGAUCGCUAUCUUUCUACAAGAAAUUUUACUGAAAGUAUUACUUUGAUAAGGUUGCGAGCACGACGAAGUAUGUAUUUGUACGCGUUUGUUCGAACUUUUCUACAUUUCUAAACGCAACUUACGCACGUGUACGCGCAGGAAAUCGACUCUCGAGAAACGUCCGAGUUUCACCUCUUAGCAAAUACCGUGUGGUAAGACCGGAAAACGGUACGAUCGACGACACUCCUCCGCGACCACUAUCUUUAUCCGUCGCUGUGUUAUAUAUAAUUUGCAGCAGUUAAAAGCAAAUAAGAAUUAAAGCGGUCAUUAUGUAACGGAGUUCUGCGAGAUAACGAGGGACAGCGACGAGACGUUCGGCGCAUACGAACACAGACACACAUACUUACUCGCUUACCGUUCCCCGUUCGGUCAGAUCCGGAACAAAGUCGAAGGAGGACAGAAGCAGCGAGAUGGACGAAGGAAGGAACACAAUGAGGAAACGUUCGCGUCCGUUUUUAGACGACCGUAUUAGUGGCGCGUUCUUCGAAUGACAUGCGCGUAAAUCGUGUCCACCACGUGCUCGUCACACACGAUCGACGAAUCUUGAUUCCGACUCCAACAUAACCUCAUAAACCGAUUGCAAAUUCUUUUUGAACGUGUCGCACUGGUCCCGCAGCAGACUUUAUCGGAACAAGCAUGCGCGAGUCUUGAGAAAUGGACAGCUGUUUCGCGAAAACACUGUCACCAGAGAAUCGAUCGAACGUAUCGCACUUCCGAACUGUUCGAAGGUUCUUCGAUUGUCACUCUGAUUCUCGACGCAAACACCGUACAACUCUCAAUUCGAUGUUUCACCUAGCGCAAGCACAGCCAAAUAUAGCUGUUUAUUUCCCUCAGAAA